AUGAAGAUCCUCGAUGCUGGAGACCAUCCGCUCUCUAACGCGGACGUACUGGACUGGAUCAAGCGAAAGCGCGCACAACACGAGACCGAAGAUGCUGAGGAGACAGCCGCCAAAGGAAAAGGCGCAAAGGCGACACCACGACCCAAAAACUUCAUCACAGCUCUCAACCGACAUGAGCGCGAGCUCAACUCCCCGCGAUACCCUUACGCUAAAAACGUAGGAGCAUAUGCGGGUGAUGCCCGUGACAAGCAGUUCAAAAAGUUCUGCCAGGAAGCCGAAAAUGUUAUUCAGGACAACCUCGAGGCAGAAUGGAAGGAGAAGCUCAGCACCAUGAACAAGGAGCAGGUCGAGAAGGGGCUCGCGAUUGAGCAGGAUAAGAAGUGCCUCACAGAGCCGGAGCUUCUGAUGCUGUACAACCACGCCCCGGUACACGCUGAAUUGCUUCAGCCCAUGAUCGAGAACGUGGAGGACCGAUUUUCCGCGAAGGAGCAAGCAUUACUCAUUGAUGUGAUCUGGAGGACACUACGGGUUAAUGAACAGCGGCCAGUGGAAGAAGAGUAG